UAAAGGGAAAUUGAAGUAUUAUACAACUGUUUCAUCUGGUUAAGAAGAGCAGGUUAAGUUCCAAUAGUACUGUUAGUAUCACCAUCCACCAUGUCUACUGAUACUCAAGUCAUAAACAUAAAUGAUAACAAUGAGAAUGUGUUGCUGGCUGAUGAUUUCCAACAUCAAUAUAACGAGAAUGCAUCUUCGUUAAGGCAUAGACUUAGACGAUCAUCUUUUGUGAAAGCCUCUAUAACCACUGAAGAAUUACUUGUGGAGAAGUUGGAUUCCUUCCUUUCGUCUAUUGAAUCAAGAUUAGAAAAUUUCGACUACUUCUUCAAAUUCAAAAAGGAAGAAUCAUUAGGUGGUGGUAAUAGAUUAGGUGAUAGUUUAAUACCUAAUAAUGAUUAUUAUUUAACCACUGGAGGGGAUAAAGACUUGGACCCUUAUCUUGGAGCUACUCAAACUCCAACUCAUAAAAGAAGAGGUAGUUCAUCAAGUUUCAAUUCAUUAAAGAGUUAUUCUGUAUCCAAUUUAAAUUUAGUUCAUCAAAGAUUAGCUCUUAUAAAAGAUUCAGUCUUAAGAAAUUCAUUCACUAAUUUAGAGUUUUUAUAUAAAACUUUAGAUGAUCAAUAUAACUAUUUAUUUAAUCCAGGAGAUGAAAAUGAUGAUGAUCUUGAUAAUAGAAUGUUAAGUCCUGUUACAACCGCUACCACAAACAAAAAAGAAUUAUUGGCUCGUAAAGUGAUUAAAACCAUUCAAUAUUUUGAUGAAAAAUUACUUCAAAUCGAUGAUUUCAUUAAAGAUAGUCAACCUGAAGCCACAGCAAACUAUCGUAGUUCAUCAUUAAUGCCAUUAAGAAUUUAUAAUUUCAAUAAAGCAGUUAAAAGUGGUAAAAAUGGUUAUGUUCAUUAUUAUGAAUUACCUUUAAGUUGGAGAGAAAAUAAAUAUAUCAUUUAUGGUUAUCGAUUCUCCUUAGACCAUAAAUACCUUUUAUCAUCAAUUUUCCAUUUCCAUAAUGAAACCAUGAAUAUUUGGUCUCAUUUAAUCGGUCUUUUUGUUAUGUUAUAUUUUGUAUUUAUUCAUUUCCCUCAAUCAGAUGUAUUCCAAACCAAUAGUUUCCAAGACAAUGUCAUUGUGUAUUUAUUCUUAGCGGCUGCCGUUAAAUGUUUAGUAAGUUCAGUCAUUUGGCAUACAUAUACCGGUUGUGCUCAUUUAGAUACAAGAUCAACUUGUGCAUGUGUGGAUUAUUCCGGUAUUACAGUAUUAAUCACUUGUUCAAUCAUUGCGGUUGAAUAUUGUGCGUUAUAUAAUUAUCCUAAAUUAUUAGUCACUUAUAUGACUUUUUCAUGUAUAAGUGGGGUAGGAGGAUUACUUUUCAAUUGGUCACCAUAUUUUGAUAGACCUGAAUGUCGUUCCGUUAGAAUUGCAUUUUUCGUCGGUUUAGCCAUUUUAGGAGCUUCAUCAAUGUUAUGUAAAUGGUUUUAUGAUGGAGUAUUAAGUGUAUUUUAUUUCUUUUCUCCUGUCUUUUAUAAGAGUUUGGUAUGGUAUUGGUUUGGAGUUAUCUUUUAUGGAGGAUUAAUUCCAGAAAGAUGGAGAUAUGAUGUUAUUAUUGAAGAAAAUUUAGCCAUGAGUGGAUGUGAACACACUUAUGAUUCAAUUGAUGUUUUAAUGGAUAAUAUUGAAAGAAGUGGUGAAGAAGAAAUUGAAGAAAUUGAAGAAGAAAUUGAAGAUAUCAUUGAUAAAAAUGAAGCUACUCAAGAUAAAUUAAAAAAAAUUAUCAAAAAGCAUUUUCCUGAAUCUCCAAAGAAAUCUCCAUAUCAUAAAGAAUUCUUUUCAUUAUGGUGGGUUGACUAUUUCUUAGCUAGUCAUAAUAUUUGGCAUGUAUGUGUGGUAUUAGGGGUAGUAGGCCAUUACUUUUGUGUAUUGGAGAUGUUUAGACAAUUAGCUAAAGUUUAGAACAUAAAAUUUGAAAGAUGAAAGAUGAUGAAUUGGGAAGGAAUGAGAUUUACGAUCAAAUGGUGGGAAAUAACAACAACGACAAUAAUAAUAAUAAUAAUUAA